UCAAAUCCGCCGCAGGCGACAAGACAAAAACACAGCGCUGCCAUACUAAUCAACGGAUCUGUCUCCAGCGCGGCGCGCGCUUGCAGAGUAGAUGUUGUGAGGAAACACGCUGCUCCGCGCUCGCUGACGUCACCCCGGCGAGCGCUUCCAUAGAUGCGAGCGCGAGAGUACAGUGACAGCGCCUCGUCCACUGUACGCAACACUGAGCGCGGCUCAGCACUAUCUCAGGCUACACGCGAGAAACGGCAGCAGAUCAUGGAAUGUGACUAGGCAACAUUCCGCUUUAUUUGAGGCCGGUAGUCAGCGCUGCACUCACGGGGUGCAGUACUUUAAGACCACCGUUCCCAUUAUUACCAAGUGAUCACUGCCCUCCUGUGAUCCGGGAAUCAUAUUGGGAGCUUUAAUAUUUUUGGUUAAUUAUUCCUCGAGUUUCUAUCCCACUCUAACGGUUCGACUCUGACUUCAAGCUGAGGCUCAAUAACUGGAUUUUAUCGGUGGAACAAAAGGCGACUGCUGCUGUCUGGAUAUUAAAUUUUACUCUUGGAUUAUUGUCUCAGCAUCAUGAGCACGAGUGUACCCUAUCAGCAAAGCUCAUGCAGCAGUGAACGGAGCUCCGGACCAAUCCACUGCUUUCGCUGCCGGGAGGUGUGCAAAGGAGAGGUGGUACGAGUGCAGCAUGUCCACUUCCACAUCAAAUGCUUCACCUGCCAAGUGUGUGGCUGUGAUUUGGCACAUUCCGGAUUCUUCCAGAAGAGUGGCGAGUACAUCUGCACAGCAGACUACCAGCGCCUGUAUGGCACAAAGUGUGACAGCUGUGGGGACUUUAUCUCAGGGGAGGUGGUCUCUGCACUGGGCCGCACAUAUCAUCCACAGUGUUUCGUGUGCAGCGUGUGCAGGAAACCUUUUCCAAUUGGGGACAGAGUGACGUUCAGUGGUAAAGAAUGUGUCUGUCAGCAGUGUUCCCUCAAGCUGGUUAAUUCCAAUGAGCCAAUCAAAAUCCACGGGCCCAGUCAAUGUGCAGGUUGUAAGGAGGAGAUCAAACAGGGUCAAUCUCUGCUGGCGUUAGAGAAACAGUGGCACGUCAGCUGCUUCAGGUGUCAGACCUGCGGCCUGGUCCUGACGGGAGAGUACAUCAGCAAAGACGGCAUUCCUUACUGUGAGUCAGACUACCAUGCCCAGUUUGGGAUAAAGUGUGAAACAUGCGACAGAUACAUCAGUGGACGUGUGCUGGAGGCUGGAGGCAAACACUACCACCCCACUUGUGCUCGCUGUGCCCGGUGUCAGAUGAUGUUUACAGAAGGAGAGGAGAUGUAUCUCACAGGUUCAGAGGUGUGGCAUCCUGUGUGUAAACAAGCAUCUCGAGCAGAGAGGAAACUGAGACUCAGGCGCACAUCAGAAACCUCCAUCUCUCCGCCAGGCUCCAGCAUUAGUUCACCCAGCAGAGUCAUCUGUGCAAAAAUGGAGAACGAGAUCCUUGAUUACAAAGACUUGGCAGCGCUGCCUAAGGUUAAAGCCAUUUAUGAGGUGCAGAGGCCAGACUUCUGGUCCUAUGAGCCCAGUCACAGAUACUGCUCCGAUGACAGGCUAGAGCGUCUCAGCUAUGGGGAGUCCUUGGGCACACUCUCCCCUUAUUCUCAGGACAUGUAUGACAGUAUGGACAUGAGGAUGAGAAGAUCCUCCAGUCCAGGAUACAUAGACUCCCCCACCUUCAGCAGACAGGGCAUGUCUCCCAUCAUGCCCCGCUCUCCACAGCACUACUACAGAUAUGGCACUGAAAGUGGCAGAAGUUCACCCUAUUACAAUCAGCUAGAUGCCCGGUCCAGCACGCCCACCACAAACCAAGCUCCCAAGCAUUUCCAUGUGCCAGCCACAGGGGAGCCCAAUAUCUACAGGAAGCCUCCCAUCUAUAAGAGACAUGCAACUAAGAGCAAGACCAGUGAGGACAUUGUCCAAUCUUCCAAGUUCCCAUCAGCCUACUCGCCUGAACACUACCAGCACUCAGAGUCUGAUUACUACCAUUACACCAGCUCUCCUAAAUCUUUACGUGCUCCUCGGAGAAGGUACUCAUCAGGUGGAGAAGAGGAUGGCUGGAGUCACGGCCUUCAAAGAAUUCAGGGUGGUAUCGGUAGGAUGAUCCUGAAGGAGGAGAUGAAAGCCCGCUCCGGUUCCUAUGACAACGACCCCUGGGGCAGCGCGCGGAACUCCCGCAGUGGGAGCAGGGAGAUGUUGCACAGCAUGGGCCACAACAACACAGUUAACGGCUCUCCUCGGACAAACUUUGCAGCGGAGAAUGACUACAUAUCCAAGUCAGCCUCUUUGCCCGGAUAUGGCAGGAAUGGAUUGCACAGGCCACAAAGUGCAGACUACUAUCAGUAUGACAGUGGCAGUGAAGUCAACUGGGGAAUCAGAGAGUACAAGGUAAGGACGAUGGUUUAGCAUUACCAGAGGAUUAAAGGGGGCCCAGAGAGACACUAAAACAUCCUGAUUCAGAGGCACCUCUGAAACAUUAGCCCUCUGUCUUCUCCAGAGGAAAGCCCAGAUUUACAGUAUGUCAGUCUAAUGAACCCUGAUGAGCCAAAGCAACGUCCUGCUGGUCAAAGCUUGUGGAAACUAGAGGAUGGAGAAAUUAGUGCUUCCAGGUCAUAAGGCCACUCUGUCCUUCCCCAGCUGGCCCUUAGAGAGUUGGAGACUGCAGGGGCUGUGGAGAGGACAGGGGUUUGUCUGACCCCUUUGCUCCUGGUUGGUCAAGAACUAUAUUGUUCUGCUUGGUGCCGCUUCCUGUCUCGGUUAAAGCUAAAGUGCCAGAGGCUCUGUGAUUUCCUUUCACUUCUGUAAGUGAGAGGAAAAGGAGGUCCACCAGUGCACAGCCUGCUCUGAGCUUUCCAUUAAUGCUUAGCUUUCCCAUUACCAAUCUAUGAAAGAACGUUUCAGUGAGGACAAUUACUUGUAAAUGAAUAAAUAUGAGUUUAAGUGUUUAUGUAGUUUAAAGUUUAUAAUGAAAUGCACUGGUAACUUUUGUUACAGAUCUACCCAUAUGAAGCACUUAUUGUGACCACUAGGGGGCGUAACAGGUUGCCAAAGGAUGUAGACCGGGCUAGAUUGGAGCGGCAUCUUUCCCCUGAGGAGUUCUAUGAGGUGUUUGGGAUGACGAUGGUAGAGUUUGACCGUCUGGCACUGUGGAAGAGGAACGAGAUGAAGAAACAAGCCCGGCUGUUCUAGUGUUCCUGUCACACACACACACACACACUCACACUCACACUCACACACACACACACACACACACACACACACACACACACACACACACACACACACACACACACACACACACACACACAGACAGACAGACAGACAGACACAGACAGACAGACAGAGACCUGAAUACCUGUUCCAGUCUAACUAAACAAACACAUCCUGUGUCUCAGACACAGUCAUGCCUGGACUGUACCUAGAAAUUGUGCAACUGCUUGUUGUGACAAAGGCAUAUAAAUGAUCAGACAGGCUAGAAUACCUGACAAAGAAAGACAAAAAUAAAUAACAUAAUACACAGAACGAUGGGAACAUUUUAGUUUUUACUUUAGUGUAAAGUGAACACAUUUUAUUUUGUUUCUGAAUGACAAAACUAAGGAAUCAGGAAUUGUAAGGAUUUAGAAUUUUGCCUUAUGUUUUCUAUUAAUUUAUGCACCAGCAAAGUAAGUGAACAGAAUGUAAAUACGAUUAAUACAACUUUAAUGAGAGUGGAUGAAUCAUCUGAUGUCAUCCAUCAAGUACAUUAUUAAGUAAUAUUUCAUUUGAAAGGUUAUAAAAUAAUAUUUUUCAGUCCUUUUAUUUCACAAGGACUACAUAAGCUUAGAUGGGCUGAAAUAAGCGAUGAUUUGCUUGACAAUGAAUACCAAAGUCUGACUGUUAUUUAUGAAGUUAGCAGAUGAAAUUGAGCACUACGGUGUUGUACUUUGUUCAGGUCAUUUCCAAGGAGUAACGAAUACUGAAUGUACACUUUUCUCACAAGAAGACUUUAGGAUUAUUAGACUAAUAUUGAUGGAACAUACAUUGUAUAUUGUGAUGGUAGAAAUACAUAUGGCUUGUGUCUGAUACAGAUGAUGAAGACAAAACAGAUAAGAAUUAAGGUGCAAUGUUUGUUUGUUUUUUUUCCUUUAUUUUUUCUUUUUCUUUUUUGAAAUGUUAUGCUCUUAAAAAAAGAGAUCUGUUGGUUAGGAUAGCGCAGUUUACUUUCAUCACAACUGUUAGGAUGGAUCAGGAAAUGCUGUGAUACCUUAAGUGGGUUAAUUAAAUGUUUGGGUCAUUGCCAUGGUGAUUAUGUCACCUGAUUUGGUAAUAAAAUUGAAUGCAGAGAAAGUAAACAUGGAUUGUAAGGCCAGUGACAGGGAUAACUUGUUCACACCCACAUAUUACUUGAUGAAAAAACAAAACAAAAAAACAUUAUCACACCAUUGAAGCAAGUGACAAAUAACAAACUGUAACCUUGAUUAGGACCUAACAGUAACCGUGGGGUCUUUCAUGCCAAGGGAUACUGACAGUAGUUUUUGUACCUCACUGACAAACAGGUGAAACUAUCAUGUUUUCUGCCUUUGUGUGUAGUGUUUACAACCUGUUUGCCCAAUAGAUUGUUAUGAAGUGUUCUAUUAAUUUCAUAGUGAAGGAAGAGAGCUAGAGUAUAACCAUAUUUUUGAUUCUCUCUUUUUUAAUCACUACUGCUACCUUCCUAACUUUAUUUAUCUGUCAGUUUCAACAGACUAUGUACAUCUUAUAC